AUGAGCUUGCUGGAGGAAGCAGCUUCAGCAGUGGAACGCAACGACGUGCAAAGGCUGCGGGCAGCACUUGGGCAGCAGCCCAGCCUACUCUCCGUCAGGGACAGUGACGGCUGUACGCUGCUGCACGUGGCUGCAGUCAAGGGCAACCCAGAUUGCCUGCGGAUCUUGCUGGCGGCUGGUGCCAGCAUAGAGGCAGCCAGCACUGAGGAGGGGGCCACAGCUCUGUUCGUUGCGGCGCUGGAGGGCCACGAGGCCUGCGUGCGGGAGCUGCUGGCGGCAGGGGCAAACACUGAAGCGGCUGCCAGCAAUGGGGAGAAGCCGCUGCACACUGCCGCUCUGGGAGGCCACCUGGGCUGCCUGCUGCAGCUGCUGCAUGCUGGAGCUGACGUCGACGUUGUGGAUGAUGUCAGAGGCCACGAGGCAUGUGUGCAGGCGCUGCUGGCAGCUGGAUCCGAUAUAGACGCAGCAGACCGGCAUGGGCAGACAGCGCUGCUCAUGGCAGCUUUUGAGGGCCACGAGGCAUUCAUGGCUAGCCGGCGGGAAGCAGCACAGCUGCUGCUGGAGCUGGAGCAGCAGAAGGCGAGAAGGCGCCAGAGAGGUGUGCCAAGCAGCAGGGCCCCAAGCCAGGAGCAGGCUGAAGCCCCGGGGCCUGGCCCAGCCUCCAUGGCAGCUGCCGAGGCGGCCGCUGCAGCCGAGGCUGCUGCUGCCCAGCUGCUGGCAGAGGAGGAGCGCGAGGAGGAGCAGCAGGCGGCCAGGCAGGCAGCCAACGCCGCCAAGCGGCAGCGACAGAAGGAGCGGCAGCGCCAGCGGGCUGCUCUGCCGGCAGGAGAGGCAUGCGCAGAUUCCACGGCAGAGACGUCAACCACAGCAGCAGCGGCACCAGUGGCUGCACCGGCAACAGCAGCGGCACGUGUCAGGGUGUGCGCAGCAGAGGGCUGCGGCAACACGAGCGGCCUGCGUCGCUGCAGCGGGUGA